AUUUUUAGCUGGAGAUAUAAAAUUUUUUAAUUAACAUUCACGAAUAUGUCCGGAUGCUUGGAUCAGUUGAACUACAAUUGUGACAUCGAUUGGGAUUCGAAACGAAAUGCUGUGGCAUCGUGUAUUUCGUCAGCUAUGUUCUUCUUUGGUUGGUGGCUAUUGAUCGAUACGGCAGCAGUUUAUACUCCGGUUGGUCAAUGGAACAAUGUUUAUAUCAUCGUUACUGUUUGUGGAACUAUUGCGAUGUUCAUGGUGAAUGCUGUUUCAAAUAGCCAAGUUCGGGGAGAAUCUAUGAACGAAAGUAUUUUGGGUACCAAAGGAUCUCGCUUAUGGCUAAUGUUCGGUUUUGUACUUUCAUUUGCAUCGCUGGUCGCUGCUUUAUGGAUUAUGUUUGCGGAUUAUGUGUUAGUAACUGGUGAUCACCCGAUAUGGCCUGGAGUUGCCCUCUUCCUACACAAUUUUUUGAUUUUCAUUUCUUCACUUAUCUAUAAAUUUGGUCGAACAGAAGAACUAUGGGGAUAAUUGACCACCGAACUUAUGGACUGUAGCUUUCAGCCAAAAAAAUUGUGAAAUAAGUGGUUGACUGCUGAACAAUUCAGAGAUUUUAUAAUAUCCAAUACAUAAGGCGUACAUCCAUUUCACUUCUUUUUUUCUUACUUGGAGGAUUGAAUGAGACGAUUUAAUAAUGAAACAAUUUUAGGUCGAAGAUUAACCCGGGCUGUUCGUAAUUUUCCUCAAAUAGGAACAAUUUUUCUUGAUUAUCCUAUUUUUUGCUAAAGCUACUUACUUUUCUGUAAAAUUUCUGUAAUUUCUUGAAAAUGAGGCGGCGGCAUAUGAAAUUUAAGAAAAAAUAAAAGUAUAUGGAAACGCUACCAAAGUAGCUUUCUUCAGGGAUGCCCAUCAAACAACACAUGCCAAUUUCUUCAGUUUAUGUUGUGUUUAAAUCUUAAAUCUGUCGGAGAAAUUUAUCGAUCUAAUCUUGCACCAAUUUUGCAUGUUCACAUGCCGAUUCAUGUACUCGUUGUAUCUUAAUGCCGUUCUCUCUUUUUCUGCUGUAUUGUUUUUUUCUUCUCUCUCUUUCUCUAGUACUUAUUUAUCUCAACUGGAGAAAUUGGGAAAUACGGCUGCUGUUGAUAGCUUUGUUUUGAUAUUCCUAGAAAUAAAUUCAACUCCGGACGGACUGUUGCUGUAUGGAUCUUUCUUUGCUUAAGAUCGCUAUAGUAAUUUUUGUGAAAAAAAAGAAACAAAAGAGAGACUAACAAACUAAAUGUAACAAAACAUAUAAAGAAAU